UCCGUGCUGCCGCCGUCCCCCUCGCCCGCUGCUGCUGCUGCUUGCGGCGGCGGACCUGGGAGCCAGCGAGGCCGCGGCCGGGGCAAGUGGCGGCGCGCAGGAGCCCUGGAUUAUCUGAGCACGCUGCUGCUGCUUGCUGCUGCUGCUGCUGCCGCGGCGGCGGCGCCUGGCUCGCGGGGUGGCUGGGAGGAGCAGCAGCAGGAGCGCAGCCGAGGACCCAGCAGCAGGAGCAGCAGCGACAGCCGCCUCUGGGCUGCCGGCGGCAGCGGCGGCGGCGGGGAUUCUCGUGCAGCGGCACUGCCGCGUGGAGCCGCGCGUUGCAUGCCAUGGAUCAUACGCUCUUCGGCUGCCUGCGCAGCCCGCACCAUGCCCCCGGCCAGGGCUUGCACCCCUUCUCGCAGUCCGCGCUGGCCUUGCACGGCCGCGCCGACCCCAUGUCCUACCCGGAGCUCUCGGCUGCGUCCUCCUCUUGCAUCAUAGCGGGAUACCCCAGUGAGGAGGGCAUGUUUGGCAGCCAGCAUCACCGGGGCCACCACCAUCACCACCACCACCACCAUCACCACCAGCAGCAGCAAGCGCAGCAGCAGCAGCAGCAGCCGCCGCCGCCUCUGCAGACGAACUGGCACAUCCCGCAGAUGGCUUCGCCGCCGCCCCCGCCGCCGCCUCCUCCAGCCACGGCCAGGCACAGCCUGUGCCUCCAGCCCGAUUCUGGCGGGCCCCCGGAGCUGGGCAGCAGCCCCCCGGGGCUGUGCUCGAACUCCUCGAGCCUAGGAACUAGCACCCCGACGGGGACAGCGUGCGCUCCGGGAGAUUACGGCAGGCAGGCGCUGUCCCCAGUGGAAACGGAGAAGAGGGCUGGCAAGAGGAAAAGCGACAGCUCAGAUUCUCAAGAAGGAAAUUAUAAAUCAGAAGUCAACAGUAAACCAAGGAAGGAAAGAACAGCUUUCACCAAAGAGCAAAUCAGAGAGUUAGAAGCCGAAUUUGCCCACCACAACUACCUCACCAGGCUGCGGAGAUAUGAGAUAGCAGUAAACCUGGAUCUUACUGAAAGACAGGUAAAAGUUUGGUUCCAGAACAGACGGAUGAAAUGGAAGCGGGUAAAGGGGGGACAGCAAGGGGCCGCAGCACGAGAAAAGGAACUGGUGAACGUGAAAAAGGGCACCCUGCUCCCUUCGGAGCUUUCUGGGAUCGGUGCAGCCGGCCUCCAACACACAGGGGACUCACUAGCGAACGAUGACAGCCACGACAGCGAUCACAGCUCUGAGCAUGCACACUUAUGAUAAAACUUAUGGAGGAGUCACCGCUCUGUUCUCAGGAAAGACAUGCUGACACAGCAAGCCUUACACAGACAUCCUUAAACAUAUGCAAGUGACUCUGGAAAUUAAAAAAGAAAGUGGACUUACGGUUUCUGCUACUCUUGAAUUCCCCCCCCCUUAGAUGAAUUUCAUAAGUGCCACACCUUAAAGGUGCCUUGUGAGCAGGAGCAGAAAACGAACUUGCUUUUGAACAUUCCAGAUGAGUCUGUCAUUUCAAUGACGUCGAGCAGGUAUUUUUGCUUUAGCUUGCACUGAAAAUGCCAUUGCUGUCAACAGAUUUAAUAUUCUGAGGGGAAACACACACACAGUGCCAACAGAAACACUGUCUAGUGGAUAAGAAAUGUAUUUUAACUCUGUAUAUAUCUACUUUGCAGCAUUCUUACUUUUCACUCAUUUUUAGCAAUGCAUUCAUAUUAGCUGUCGCUGAUGGCAAUAUUCACUCAUGAGGAUAAAUGGCUUUUUUGUCUCUCUAUUUUUGUUUUGUUGUCCCAGAGAUAUAUGCAGACGUGUGUUCAGAAAGCGAACAAUACAAGUGAGUCUGCUAGGGAAAGCCCUUAUACCACAGACAAAACAAAUCUUAUGUUGCAUUUACUAUCAACUGCUGCUAAUAGGGAAUUAUUAAACCUUGCUCCUCAAAUUUUCUUUCCUUAUAACAGCAAUGUUGUUUUUAUAGGAUCAUACAUGACCAGUCAGGAAAAGGAACCCCAUUCAUUCAUAUUUAAAAUUUAU